AUGGAGCUUCGCGACAAGACUGCUUCUGGACUUGAGCGCUAUAUUAUAGGUGAAUACUUGGGUCAAGGCACUACUAGUGAUGUGUUUAAGGUCGCUGAUUCACUUACAAAAAAAGAGUAUGUACUGAAACAAAUGUUUCUUGAUUCCAUGAGUCUCGAAGAACAACUACGAGUAAAAAAAGAGAUACUCGUUAUGAAUGAUGUUGAUCAUCCAAAUAUUGUUAAAUUUCGUGAAAGUUUUAGUGGUGAAAACUCUGUAAACAUCAUUAUGGAGAGCUGUGAAUGUACACUUGAAGAACUUAUAGAACGUCAACAGGAAGAAGGAGGAGGUUUGCCGUUUCCAGAGGAUGCCAUUAUUGAAUGGAUGGCAGAACUUCUUUGUGGUCUUGCCUAUCUACACUCAAGACGUAUAGUGCACCGCGAUAUAAAAACGAGUAAUAUAUUUGUUACUGAAAAGAAUCAUGUAAAAUUGGGAGAUUUUGGUGUUUGUACGGUCCUCACAAGUGCUACAGUAUCAGCUGAAAGUAUGAUUGGUACACCUCUCUACUUUUCUCCAGAAGUGUGCGAGUCGGAAGCAUAUGAUGAACGUAGUGAUGUUUGGAGUCUUGGUGUGGUCUUUUACGAAAUGUGUACAUUGCGUCGUCCUUUUGAUGCGGAACAUUUGCCUGGUCUCAUCCGGCAAAUUCUCACAAAAGAUGUGGCACCAUUUAAUACUGGUCUUGAUUCUCGUUUUGAAGAAAUUGUGCGUAAGAUGCUCAGUAAAGAUCCUGGUGACCGCCCUACGGCGCAAGAUUUAAUUGACUAUCAUCUUGUAGUACCACCAAGUCACCCAUCACAUCCAAGUCAAAAACCAUCUAGAGGAAGACAUAUUCAGCAAUAUUAUGGUCCAGAACUUGUUUUCUCAGGAGAUCCCUCAAAUGUUGAACCUUCUCCUACACAAUUAGGAAAUGGACGAGAACAAAAACCCCGACCGAAAGGAAAUGUAUCACGUGAAACAAAAUCUGUACCCAGUAAGGUUAAGGAGAGAAAAAAAGUUGUUACUGAGAAAAAAACUUCCAACAAAGGUACUCCAAAGGUACUGGAUGUGGAGGAACGAGCUGAAAUGAUGAAUCGUAUUAAAAAUGCAAAAAGCAAAAUAAAUAUGUCAGAAUUACGUGAAAAUAUGCUUCAAAAACGUCUUCAACUCUUUGGUGACGUAUAUCCAUUCCCAAGUGGUGAUGUUCCUAUAAUAAUAGAGUUACAGCGGGGAUUAUUUAAUUCCAAUACAAGUGAUUCUAUUCAUGAGCCCUCAACAAGUUUAUCUUCUACACUGAAUUCAACACCAAGUUUUGUUGAUGAUAUUGCGGCGGUUAUCCAAAAACACUCAAGUGGUGGUUCUAAGAUAGAUCUUGAGCAGCUUGAUGACGCUGCCUCACUGCUAUGCCAAUAUAAGCUGACCAACCAUGGUCUCUGCUGA